AUGGCAGACAACGACAAUCACAUGGACCAGGACCACGACAAUGCUCUUGAGGAGGCCCAGGUCAUGCUCGGAUUCGCAGAGCCCGUCGAUCUCGAAGAGCAUGGCCCAUUGCUCGCAGAGGACUUUUGCUCAAAGAUGGGUGGCUUGCCUAUCUGGUUGAACCCUGAGCACGUUCUAGAUAUCAAGGACAUGUCUUGUGACCAAUGCCACAAGCCAAUGACAUUCUUGCUUCAGCUGUACUCCCCUGAAGAUCACCCUGCCGAGGCGUUCCACCGUGUGAUCUACGUGUUCUGCUGUAAGAACGGUGCCUGUCACAAGAAGUCGCCUCAGGGAUGCUUCAAGGUGGUCAGGAGUCAGCUUGGACAAUACAAUCCCUACUACACCCCUGUCUCCAACGAUGAUGAGGAUGCCGCAGAGGAGAACGAAGGAUGGGAGCCAUUGGAAACCAGCAAGCAUGCAAAGACAUGCUUUGUGUGCGGAAUGUACGGACCCAAGGUCUGCUCACGGUGCCAUAAGGUCUCGUACUGCAGCGCAGAACAUCAGUCGAUCCACUGGACAAAGGGACUUCACAAGCAGCUCUGCGGGACCCAACCACCACCUACCCCCGCCAACCUCUCCGAGCUCUCAAUAUCUGACAACAAGGAAUCCAAGGACGAGAGCGAAGAGGAGGAGGAGUACGACGAGGAUGGCAAUGUCAUUGAGAAGAAAAAGAAGGCUCUCACCCAGACAUUGACAAAGGAGCAGCAGGACUACGCCAACAAGCUGGAUAUCGACUACAAGCUGGUCGAGCGCAUGAACCGGUUCCCAGAACUCGAGAUCAUCAGUGAGGCUGAGAUCUUUGAUCAGGAGGCCCUUGAAGAAGGACUGGCAGAUGAGAGUUCGGGUGAUGAGCAGGAAGCUGAGGAAGGUUGGGAGGAGAAGGCUGCAGCUUUGAAGCUCAAGCGGGAGAAGAAGGCUGCUCUCCUGGCCAAGAAGAAUGGCGGUGUCAGCAAGUCGUUGGAGACUGCAGAGUCGUCAAUGAACGCAUUGGUCCCUGUUGGUGAUGAGAUCUAUGAGAACACCAAGACCGACAUCGACUCUGCCUUCCUGACCUUCCAGAAGCGCAUCGCCCUCUACCCUGACCAAGUUCUCAGAUAUGCACGCAUGGAGUAUGAGCUCACCACCCCUGAACCUCUCUAUGUCAGCGACAUUGGCAUCCCCAAGGCUGAUGACAUCCCACCAUGCCCCGACUGUGGCCAACAGCGCACCUUUGAAUUCCAGAUCUUGCCACAGAUGCUGAACUAUUUGGGAAUCGACCAUUCCGCUGCAGAUGCAUUGGAUUUUGGAACGGUCUUGGUCUACUCAUGCAAGGAAAACUGUCACGUCGAGGGUAAGCACUACCAGCCCGAGGUUGCAGCUGUUCAGCACUUUUCGGAGGAUGGUAUGCAAGGUGGUAACAUGACCAUCGGACCCAAUGUCUCUGUCUCUUCCAAGUAA